GUCCCUCCACCUCCAAAUCCAAUCCUCCCUAAAACCCCAGCACCGCCCUAUCCUUCCUUCCUUCCUUCCUUCGUCCGACCAAAACGCGCUCGCCUCGCGUCAUCGGAUCAAAUGGUGGAGGCGGCCACGCGCGGAGCAGAGAGCCCUUCCUCCUCCUCCUCCUCCUGCUAAUGCGCCGCCAUGGCCGCCCGCGCGCUGGGUCCACCUCCUCCUCACGCCCUCGGCGCCACGCGGCAGGCUCCUCGCUGCCCCCACGCUGCCGCCGCGGACGCCUCUGCGCCCCCGACGCAUGGAUACCGGCGUGGCGCCGCGGCGCUCGGCUCCGCGCUCUCCGCCCGCCGGGGAAGGUCUGGCCCUCGCCUUUUUUUUCCCUCUCCUUGCUGCGUGGCAUACUUUGUGUUCAGUACAAUUGAUGGAUGCUCUUAGAGGUGGCAAUCUUCAAGUGGAACCAAACAUACUUCAUUCCCCCAAGCCAUUGAUGUCUACUAGACGUGAUGACUCAGCCAUAACCUGUAAAGGAUUCUGUACAAUAUCGUGGAACCUCAAAUCAGAUGUGCUGGAUGGUUACAUAAUCUUCGUCACUGGAGAUCCAGUUACCUUGGGCUGUUGGGAAUCAGAUAUGGCUGUUCAGUUGUCUCCUUCUGUUGAAAGUAACAACUUAUGGACGGCCGAAAUAAAGGUACCAUAUGGUGUGCAUUUCAAGUAUAACUAUUUUGUUCGAGAGGAGAAUGACGCCUCUUCUGAUAUCAUAUGGAGGCCAGGUCCUGAGUACUCCUUGUCAAUACCCCCAGUUGGCCGGAAAAAACAUGUCAUUGUUGUGAAAGAUCUGUGGAUGAAAACUAGUGUGGCAGGCAUUCCCACUCCUUCCUGGGGAUCAUGGCUGAUGGAAGCUAAUUUUCUUGAAGACCAAUUUGCUAAGAGUGGAGAGCAUCAAAACAUUGUGAAAGCCCAUUCUGUCAUUGAUACGGUGGAUCGAGCCUCAUCAGUAGGUGAACAUAUUAUUCUGAGGCUUGGGAACGGCACACCUUUACAUGUCAAGAAUAUAUCAGAGAAUCCAUCUGCCAGUGUCCAUGAUGAUUUUACUGUAACCGAUAAAGCAAAUUCAAUUAAAUCAAGUAUAAGUGAACAUGAAAGGAAUCAGCCUGUUGAGGAACCAUGGAUCCUUGGAUCUGUCAUGGCAGCAAAGAAAUCUGUUGCAGCAGGGAAGCACGAGAAAAACAGAUGGAAGUUUGUCAAUAAGAAACAGAACUUGAGUGAAGUAAGUGAAAACAUACCUGAACAGGAUCAACCUGUAGAGGAGCCAUGGCUAUUUCAAUCCAAGGUGGUAGCAAAAAAACCUGUAGUUCAAACUAAAGGCAAAAUAGAAGCAAAGGAUAUUAUCAGAAAGCUAAGGAAAAUGGAUAAACCUCCAGCGCCUUUGGAGGAGGAUAAGGCAACUAGUGGAGAGCCUUCAUCAAGAGUCAUAGUAAUUAAUUCAUCAGUCUGCACCAUGCAGAGGAUUGCAGUAUUGGAAGAUGGAAAACUGGUUGAACUCUUGCUGGAGCCCAUCAAGAACAAUGUACAGUGUGAUAGUAUUUAUUUAGGCAUUGUAACAAAACUUGUGCCUCAUAUGGGAGGUGCAUUUGUGGAUAUUGGACUUUCGAGGCCUUCACUCAUGAGCAUAAAGCAAAACCGUGAUCCAUUUGUGUAUCCUCAAAUUGUCAAGAAUGCUAAAAGAGAUUCUGCGAAUUUUUCUGAUUAUAAUGAUGAUAGCCUUCCAACAUAUGAAGACGAAGAUGAUGAUAUGACUGAUGGGGAGUUGGCAGAUGAAGAAAAUGAUGAUGAGUCAUCAGCAUUUCCAGCUGAGGUAGUUUCUGAAAAUGAAGAACACAUGGCCUUUUUGCCCAAUUCUAAGAUAAAUAUGAUUCAUAGUGCUGAAUUUGAAAGUAUCUCUAGUUAUGAUGAAGAAAAAGAUGAUGAAAUUGAUGAUCACAUGGAAGAUGAAUAUAAUGAGGAUCUUUUGCCUGGUGAUCAGUCAGAAGUAUCCAAUGAUCUUAAGACAUUAUCUUCCAUUCAACAUGCUUUGAGAGAGUCUAGUGAUGAUACAAAUGGAAGUAGGUGGUCUCAAGUUCGCAAGGGUACAAAAAUUAUGGUUCAAGUUGUCAAGGAGGGAUUGGGUUCGAAAGGUCCAACGCUGAGUCCCUUUCCAUGCUUAAGAAGCCGGUUUUGGAUACUGGUUUCCCGCGGUAACAAAGUUGGAGUAUCGAAAAAAAUUACUGGGAUAGAGCGCACCCGAUUAAAAGGCAUUACCAAAUUAUUACGACCUCCUGGAUUUACUCUGACAGCUCGUACUGUUGCUGCUGGCCAUUCUUGGGAGGAGUUGCAGAAGGAUCUUGAUCGCUUAUUAUCUACCUGGAAAGGAAUAAUUGAGCAUGCUCAAUCUGCUGCCUUAGCAGCUGAGGAGGGUGUAGAAGGUGCUGUUCCCGUAAUGUUGCAUAGGUCAAAGGGUCAGGCUCUAUCUGUUGUUCAAGAUGAUUUCAAUGAGAAGGUCAAGAGGCUAGUUGUGGAUUCUCCUCGCACCUACCAUGAGGUCACAAACUAUCUCCAAGAAGUUGCACCUGAGCUCUGCAAUCGAGUUGAUCUUUACGAAAAAAGAACUCCUAUAUUUGAUGAAUAUAAAAUAGAAAAGGAGAUUGACAAUAUUCUGUGCAAAAGGGUUCCACUACAUAAUGGCGGUUCUUUAGUUAUAGAGCAGACCGAAGCUCUGGUUUCAAUUGAUGUAAAUGGUGGUCAUAGUAUGUUUGGUCAGGGGACGUCCCAGGAGAAGGCUAUACUAGAAGUAAACCUAGAAGCUGCAAAACAAAUUGCUCGUGAAUUGCGCUUGAGGGAUAUCGGCGGCAUUAUUGUUGUGGAUUUUAUUGAUAUGACCGAUGAUACAAACAAAAAACUAGUUUUUGAAGAAAUGAAGAAAGCAGUAGAAAAGGACCGAUCAACAGUUGGUGUUUCAGAAUUGUCAAAGCUGGGUUUGAUGGAGAUAACUAGAAAAAGGGUUCGACCAAGUGUUACGUUCAUGAUCAGUGAGCCGUGUCCUUGUUGCCAUGGUAUUGGCCGUGUGGAAGCUCUUGAUACUUCUUUUUCGAAGAUAGAGCGUGAAAUCUGUCGACGCCUUGCUGCCUCUGGACAUAAAUCAGACCCUGAGAAACCAAAAUCAUGGCCCAGAUUUGUUCUUAGGGUUGACCAUGAGAUGUGCACGUACUUGACAUCAGGCAAGAAAACAAAACUAGGGCUCCUCAGCAGCUCUCUUAAAGUGUGGAUUUUGUUGAAGAUCGCUAGAGGUUUUGCUCGUGGGGCAUUUGAAUUGCUACCAUAUUCUGAUGAAAAGGAAACUGAUGAGCGGAAGGAAGAGACAUCAGAAUCGCCUCCGAAAGAAGCAGGCAGCCCAAAACUCUCUGUAUUUCCUAUCAAGAAGUGGAUGAGCCGUGCAAAGAGAGCGAAGUGAAUCUCUACCAAAGAGAUGAUUUGGUUGUGCGAUAUGCUUUAUUGUUAUUCCCAGAUCAAGAAGUACAGAAUUUGAUAUGGCUCUGUUGUUAAUUCUUUCCUGUGGUGAUCCAACGUCAGAUAGACGCCUUCCUGGUCAAUGGUUUGAUAGAUUUUUUUUUUCCUUUUCCAAAAUUUUAGAUGCAAAACCACAGUGUGUUAACUAUGACGGAUGCAAAGAAGUAGCACGAACAUUUUAGGUGGGAGGAAACUAGAUUUUCUGAGGGAUAGGAAUUGUUGUCAGGGCAUUGAUGUGGUUACAGUACAUACAUCAACAUAGUUUUAUUCCAUGGCCUCAUUAGAUUUGUUCUGUUGGAUUUUUGGUGUACUUUUCUCAGUUAUUUUUUAUUCAUUAGUAAAAUUGAAAUGGAUUGUAUUUUGUGCAAAUUACAAAUAAAAAUUUCAUGUUAAA